GAUGGAGUCAACAGAGAAGUGUGAUGUGGUGAUUCAACAUUUCAACGGAAAGUUUCUGAAGACUCCACCAGGCGUACCAGCUCCUGUAGAACCCCUACUCUGUAAGUUUGCAGAUGGAGGACAGAAGAAGAGGCUGAACCAGAACAAGUACCCCCCAAAACGGACAACCAUGGACCAGAGAUGGAGAGGUUCUACUCCUCUCCAUACAUCUCCACCAAUAGGAUGAUAGCACAGACAUCCAUCACUCCCUUCGUCGCUGCCUCACCCGUCUCCACGUAUCAGGUCCAGAAUACAUCCUGGAUGCCUCAUCAACAGUAUGUUAUGCAACCUACCGGUGCUGUGAUAACCCCAGCUAUGGACCUCUCCAUGCCCAUGCAGCCCUCCAGUAUGAUGGGUCCUAUAACACAGCAAAUUAACCACAUGUCCCUGGGAAACACAGGAACCCAGUACAUGUGUGCAGCAGCUGCUCCAAUGCAAGGAGCCUACAUUCCUCAGUACCCUGCAGUGCCUGCCUCCGCCCUCACAGUGGACGCAGUGGUGACAGAGGACUCGCCCCAGACUGUACCCCCCUCCUCACAGGACCCCAACGGACAGCCACCCCUGGACAGCGACUCACCUGCCUACUCCUUCCAACAGACUAAGUAA